AUGCCGCCCUCGGGUCUUGCCAUUCUCAUCGGAGCCGGUCCUGCUACUGGCACAGGAAUUGCACGAAUCCUCUCAUCUCCAAAACACGGUAACCUCGCCGUUGCGCUGCUAGCCAGGCGUCCUGAAAACCUGCAAACCGUCAUCUCCAAAGUCCACUCCACCAACGAAAACGCGAUACUCGAAGCAUUCCCGAGCGACACCUCAAAGGAAUCUUUGGAGAAGGCUUUCGCAGAUAUAAAGGCACACGAGAGCUUCGAGGGCCUAAAGCUGAAGCUGGCGAUAUACAGUAUCAAGCAUUCGAGCAAGAAGCCGUUCUUGGAGGAGACAAGGGAAGACUUUGAAGAAAGUUUGGAGACGUAUGUUGGUGGAGCAUUCACAUUUGCACAGGAGAGUCUGAAGAGGUUCUUCGUGGAUCAUGGGGAGGCGGGCUUGAUGGAUGGAGCGGAGAAGAAGGGCACCCUCAUAUUCACCGGCACUCUUGGUGCGCUCCGAUGUAAUGCACAAUUCGCUGCGUAUGGUGCUAGUCGCGCGUCCGUUCGUCAACUGGCGCAGACAUUGGCUCGCGAAAUGAGCGAGAAGGGAGUACAUGUCGUACAUACGAUUGGCAAUGGCGCGAUUGUAGAUGAAGAUGGAGAAGAUCAGAAGGUGGGCAAGAAGAUGAGCGCCGAUGCGGUUGGCGAGACUUAUCUUUGGCUACAUCAGCAGAAGCCUUGCCUGUGGACUCAUGAGCUGGACAUGAGACCCGCCUGUGAGAAGUUCUAG